AUGACAAAUGGGCAAUGGAACGCCGGCUUGGCCAUUUUCUUCGUUUCCUACUCGGUUUUUGAGCCCGCAUCCAAUGCGCUGCUGAAGAAAUUGCGACCGAGCUUGUACAUUCCGAGCCUCAUGAUUCUCUGGGGGAUUGUGACCGUGUGUCAGGGAUUUGUUAGCAACUUCGCCGGCCUUGCAGCAACGCGCUGGUUUCUAGGCCUUUUUGAGGCUGGACUGUUCCCAGGGUGUAAUUUCUAUCUCUCCUGCUGGUAUCGUCGAUCCGAGUUUGGUGUGAGAUCUGCUCUGAUCUUCAGCGCUGCAGCCAAUGCGGAUUCUUUCGGUGGCCUACUCGCAUAUUGUAUCUCGAAACUCCAGGGUGUUGGUGGUAAAUCUGGAUGGGCCUGGAUCUUUAUCCUCGAAGGGAUCGCCACAGUUAUCAUUGGGAUCAUCUCAUUCUGGAUGGUACAAGACUUUCCCGAUGAGGCUACAUUCUUAACCGCGGAGGAGCGAUUUCGGAUGUAUCACCGCUUGAAGCAGGACCAGCAAGCCAGUGCCGGACUCGAAACAUUCAAGUGGACGUACUUCUGGGCCAACCUUCGCAACUGGAAGACGUACACAUCCUCUAUGUUCAGUAUGGGUAUGGGUGCUGGUCUCUAUGCUUUUAGUUUGUUUCUACCCAGCAUCCUCGCGGAGCUCGGGUGGAAAGCGACGACCUCCCAGCUACUUUCCAUCCCGCCAUACGCUGUGGCAGCGGUGCUCACUGUGGCCGUUGGCUUCCUAGCAGAUCGAACAAAGCGACGAGGUAUCUAUACGAUGAUAGUUUCCCCUCUCGCCGUCAUUGGCUUCGCCAUCCUUGCUAGCGAUUGCUCUGCUAGAGCGACAUAUGCUGCCACUUUUCUAGCGGCAAUGGGCAUCUACCCGUGUCUGCCAAACGGCAUCGCCUGGGUCGCGAACAAUACGGAAGGCGUGUACAAACGAGGCGUGACAAUUGGCCUGAUGAUGGGAUGGUCGAAUCUGCAGGGCGUUGUUGUUAGUAAUGCCUACCGAGACGCGGACAAGCCUCGUUUCAUCCCUGGCCACGCAGUACUACUCUGGUAUCUCGGAUUUUGCCUCUUCGGUGGUACCGUGUUACAUUAUAUCUUCCUUCGUCGCGAGAACGCACUGAGAAAAGCUGGGAAGAGAGACUAUUUAGUUGAGGGGAAGAAUGACUAUGAGAUCCGACUGAUGGGCGAUGAAAGGUAG